CCUUUCGAGAUGCCCCGUAACAACCGAGUUAGGUUGAUAAAUAUGAUUCGCUUAGACUUGGAGAAUUGUGUUAAAUUAAACACACAUUUAAAAAAUGACAUAAUAAGAUUUCGUGUAGACGAGAUAUCUUAUAAUACUUUUUAUCGGGAAUUUAUUAAUCAAAAUUGGCCAGCAGUUAUAACAAAUAUAUCUAGUGAAUGGGAAUGCAGUCACACGUGGAUAUCAAGAAAAAAUGCAACACGGAUGAAUAUAAAUUUUGCCUAUCUUAAGGAUAAAAUAAAGGACUGUUUAGUUCCUGUAACAAACUGUAUAGAUAAAAGUGUAUCAAUUGAAGUGUCAUUUUACGAUUAUAUUGACAAAUGGGAAAAAUCUAUUUUAAGUCGAAAUAGUGGUGAAGAUUCGGUGCAUCUCUAUUUAAAAGAUUGGCAUUUAAAAGCUUACCUUCGGAAUUACGAGUUCUACAAUGUUCCUAAGCAUUUUUUUUCGGAUUGGUUGAAUGAAUUCUUAACUGAGAAUCACCGAGAUGAUUAUCGAUUCGUUUAUAUGGGACCGAAAAAUACAUGGACUCCUUUUCAUGUAGAUGUUUUUGGAUCAUUCAGUUGGUCUGCAAAUGUAUACGGUUGCAAAAAGUGGAUUCUCUUACCUCCCGGGGAGGAGUUGAAAUUAUUGGAUCAGUAUAAAAAACUACCUUGUGAAAUUAAUGAGGAAACUUUGCGUAAAUCUAAAAUAAAGUAUUUCGUAGUAUAUCAAAAACAAAACGAAGGCAUAUUUGUCCCAAGUGGGUGGUAUCAUCAAGUAACUAAUAUUACUGACACUAUAUCGGUGAAUCAUAACUGGUUUAACGCUGCCAAUUUAAAAUAUAUAUGGAAUAAUAUUUCGUCUAAUUUGAGGAAAGUUGUGAUUGAGAUCAAUGAUUUCAGAAGAAGUCAUAAUUUUAAUGAACAAUGUCAGCAAAUUUUGCACGUAGACUUUGGCAUAAAUAUUGCCGAAUUUCUAGAAAUACUGUGUUUUAUUGCCAAACGACGAUUAUUUCUGUUGAAAAAGCAGGGAAACUCAAAUAUAAAAAAUAUUCAGUGUCCUUCAAGUCAUAUGUUUUAUAUCAAUGACUUUCAUAUAUACUAUGAUUUAAAAAAUAUCGAUACUGUACUAAAAACCAUGAUUCAGGAUAAAUUUGUACACAAUUGUUCCAGAUUAUACAACAAAUGUAUAAAAUUUAUCAGUCUUAUUAAUCAAUAUACUAGUCUAAUAAACAAGAAUAUACCAUAUGUAUUAAAAACAAAUAUGUUAAAAACCAUUUAUAGCUUAACCGAUAUAUAGAUAUGUAUUUAUUCUUUGUUUUCCAAUCCUAUGAUAACUGGCACCAAUGUAUUGUAAUCAGAAAAAUAAGGAAAAUAUACAAGUAUUGAAGCGAA